AUGUCAACAGACCUAUUGAAUCCAUUUUUGCCUUUACCAGACUGUGCAAACAGCAUAGACAAUGCUAAUGAUUUAGAGACUGCCUUCUGCAAUGAUAUACACCGAAAAAUCAUUGUAUUGCGAGUCUAUUUGGCACUCAUUAUCCUCAAUUCAAUAUUCAUCAUUACAACAACAGGCUACUACAUUUACAGAAAUAUCUCGGCAAAGUGGACACAAACAUCGGAACCGACCAUCCAUCUCACGGAUCAGAUUAUCUCCAAGCAAUGGCAGACCUAUUCCUUGAAAAAACGAGGCCUAUUUGGCACUGUGCUUGGUGCACUUGGACAUUUGGUAUUCUCAACAUCGGUACUACUCUACCAAGUCGUUGCUGUCUCAUUCACAUGCGAGAUCUAUCUCUGGGGCCCUCUGAUUGGAUUUUAUAUAUGGAUGUAUGCCAUCAUUUGGCGCACACUUCGUCUCCAUCUCUUAUUUCGCUUGAAUCAACUGCAACAACGAUUCACUGACCACACCAUCUCGGAAGACAAAGAGUAUCAAUGGUUCAUACAACAUCGACAAAGAGCAACAAAAUAUCAUCUUUGCAUGUUUUUGCUAAGCGUCACCAUCCUCGCCAUCGUCAUUGUCAUCAGUGAAGUUACUAGCAUCAGAGCACAUGGUUCAUCUCGAUGCCAAUUCUACUGGGGCAACUAUGUUAUCAUGGGCAUGGUCAUCUUUUUCUUUCUUGCUGUGGUGCCGUUUAUUGUCUGGUAUUUGCGCAAUGAUGCAGAUGCCCAUGGUAUUCGGAGAGAGCUAUGGGCGACCGUGAGUGUUGGUGUUCCUUGCUUCAUCAUGUGUAUCAUCUGGCAAAUCCUGUUCAAGUAUCCUUCAAAAUUUAAUCUUGCUGGUGUUCGAGGUAUCUUUGGUCCUUCCAACUGGAUUAUUAUUCUUACCAUGACAAGCCAUGUCAUGUCGGUUAUAUUGCCUCUCUUCAAGACACUGUCGAUUGAUAAUCAAGCUAGACGAGUAUCCAGCAACAAAGAUUCUCUCAAUUCAACUGUUUCAGACGAUGGGUAUUCCUCAACACCUACUAUAUCUGCUCAAAAACUUGAAUUAACCACCGAAUCUCUGCAUCAUGCUCUGGCCGAUCCUCAUAUGCUUCGCGUCUUACAAACCUGGGCUGUCAAGGAUUUCAGCGUGGAAAACAUUCUAUUUUACGAUCGGUAUUUGCAUCUCCUGCAAGGCGUACAACCCAACAAUAACAUUCUAGAUACCCCGUUGGGAGCAGAUCAAAUACCUGAAGUGGUUGAUUUAUACAACACAUUCAUUGUAGAAAACUCGCCGCUGCAAGUCAAUAUAUCUCACAAAGCUCGAAGUGCAAUUGAUGCUAUCAUGGAGCCGUUUGUCUAUCAAAAGCGCAUCAAGCACACUUCGUUCAAAUACGACCUUCCACUCUCAACAUCUGGUGAUGACUCUUAUGAGCAUUUUCCUUUGGGACUUAUCUCAAGUACAUUACCAUACUCAAAGCCAUCAAGACUGUUUACAGAAAGCUCCUUAUCAGUAGCAUCAACUCGACUAGUAGAUGCACCCACAAUCACAUUAAAGGUCUUUGAAGAGGCCAGAGCAGAGGUAUUUUGGAACAUAUUCUCAGGACUAUUUCCAAAAAUUGUUGCCGCUUCAGACUAG